AUGGCUGUCGCCGGCGAACUGCCCGCCAAGCUGGACCGCAGUCAUGAGCUAUUUUACGUCCAGCUCGUGUUCCUUCUCGUGGCCGGCAUCAGCGUCUUGAUCCGAAUCUACGUCAAGACGUUCCUCGUCAGGCACAAUGCCCUCGAUGACUACCUCAUCUAUGCAGCUUUCGCCGGCUACGUGGCCUACGCGACCAUCGCCAUGGACGGCGCCAUCAACGGCGCCACAGGCAAGCACUACGCCCUCCGCUACACGAUGGACCAGGCGGCCCGCUCGCUGCGCGGCUGGUACCUCUGCAUGGUGCUGUACGCGCCCAUCACGCUGACGAUCCGCGCCUCGGUCUGCGUGCUGCUGCUGCGCCUCGCGACGUCGCGCGCGCACCGCUGGAUCAUCUGGGCCAACCUGGCCGUCAUCGCCGCCAUCUCGGCCGCCUUCUUCUUCAUCCUCGUCUUCCAGUGCAGCCCGCCCUCGCACUUCUGGACCCAGGUCUACGGCACCGACGGCCACUGCUACAGCAAGCUCAUCGUCACCUACGCCACCACCGUUCACAGCUGCGUCAGCUGCCUGUCCGACUGGUGCCUCGGCCUGCUGCCCAUUGCCCUGCUGUGGAACGUCAAGAUCAACGGCCGGACCAAGGUGACCAUUGCCGUGCUCCUCAGUCUCGGCAUGAUCGACGUCGCCAUCUGGUCCGUGAUGGAGCCCGCCCUCGGCAUAACCGCCGCCUGCGUCGCCACCUUCCGCCCCCUCUUCAAGAACUGGGGCUUCGGCUGGUCCUCCUACGGCAACAACUACAACAACAACAACAACUACAACCACCACCGAAAGAGCGGCUACCCCUCGGCCUCGGGGGGCCGCCUGCAGCUCUCGAGCUCGAACCCCUCGCGCCGCGACCCCUACGGACGGCACGAGAGCCUCGUCCUCAGCCGGCGGUCGACCGCUGCAGCAGCAGCGACGGCUGGAGGCGGCGACGGGACCGUGGGGAGGAGGGAGUCGCAGCGGGAACUCACCAUCAGCAAGACGGUGCGUAUAGAGGUCGAGACUGUGCCGCGCAUGUCGUACGACGACGACGACGCGUCGGACAUCAAGGAGACGUUUUACAGGAGGUCUUCGGAUGGCGAGGAUGGUCUGUCGAUGGGGCGGGCAAGCCUGCAGGGGUCGCCGAGACGGGACGGUUGGGGAGUGAGCGUGCCGGAAAGUGCUUAUACGGCCACGGCGUCGCGAUCUCGACCAUGA